UCGCGGCGGCGGUUUGUGGGCGGACGGACGGACGGACGCGGGGGGGGACGGACGGACGCGGGGGGGGGCGGUCGGGCCCGGAGCCGCAGCGAGGAUGAAGCAGACGGUGGCUGUGCCAGCCUUCCUCACCAAGCUGUGGGCCCUGGUCGAGGAUCCUGACACCAACGAGUUCAUCUGCUGGAACCAGAAUGGCCACGGCUUCCUGGUUCUGGACGAGCAGCGGUUCUCCAAGGAAAUCCUGCCCAAGUACUUCAAGCACAACAACAUGGCCAGUUUCGUCCGGCAGCUCAAUAUGUAUGGCUUUCGUAAAGUGCUGAAUGUUGAUGGAGGUAUAGUCAAACAGGAACGUGAUGGACCUGUAGAAUUUCAACAUCCGUUUUUCAAGCAAGGGCAGGAUGACUUAUUGGAAAACAUAAAACGAAAGGUAUCCUCAAUUAAACCAGAUGAAGCUAAAAUUCAACAAGAGGGCUUGAAUGCAAUUUUAUCCAGUGUUCAAGAAAUACAAGGAAAGCAAGAGAACCUUGACUCAAGAUUAACUUCCUUGAAAUGGGAGAAUGAAACUCUAUGGAGAGAGAUUGGAGAUCUUAGACAGAAACACGCACAGCAACAGCAAGUAAUCAGACAGAUUAUUAAAUUUAUCGUUAGUUUGGUGCAGAAUAACCAAAUUGUUACUUUGAAGCGGAAAAGGCCAAUAAUGAUUAAUACCUCUGGACCUUCUAAGCCAAAAUAUUUUCAUCACUUAGUCAAAGAAACUGACGAUGCAACUCAUGUACCUGUGCAUGGACCAAAUGGUGUGAAGCAAUGUGUUAGAACCUUAGAUGAUAUUGUCAUUUGUGACAUCACAGACAAGCCAACAGAAAAAACUGAAGAGGAUGAAGCAUCUGCAGUUUCUACUAAUGAAGUCGUAGAACAGGAUAAUUCUUUGCAUGAAGUGAAUGCUAAAAAUGGGGAACCACUUCCAUCAUCUGAGGUAAUGGAUGUAUGCAGUACUGACCACGUUAUGAACACUAUGAUAAACGACAAUGUUGAAACAACGAAUACUGAAUCAUCGAUAAGUUCUGAAGAUCCUAUAUCUAUGAUGGACUCCAUUUUGAAAGAGAGUGCAGUUAUUUCACAGAACAUAAAUCUUCUUGGCAAGGUAGAACUUAUGGAUUAUUUGGACAGUAUUGACUGUAGUUUAGAAGAUUUUCAGGCUACGUUAUCAGGAAAACAGUUCAAUGUGGAUCCAGAUAUUCUGUCAGAUGUAUCAGGAACUAAAGAAAGCCUUAAUGGAACAGAAUCCAAAGUGGAUGAAAGCAAGUCUUCUAAUACUGGUAAGCAGUUGAUGCAAUAUAAUAUGUAUCCUGUAUUAGCAUUUUUGGAUGGAACUACCUCAGCUGUAUUGGAAAAGGAACACAUUGCUCCAGGUCAUAAAUAUUCACUUGACGACAAUCACCCACAGAGGAAUGAGCUAGUAGGAGAAAAUGAGAAGAAAAAGACAAGUCAACUUUUUAAAUUAGAACCUCUCACGGAAGAAGAAGCAAGAGAGGAAACAUUGUUUUACUUGUGUGAACUGGCACCUUCAAGUACAUUAGAUGGUGAAAAUUCUUUACUGGACAGUUAGCCAAUAAGUUAAAGGUUUGUAUCUGUACAUCCAGCUAAUAACUAACUUAAAACUUGAAACAUUUAAUUUAUACUGUAAGAUUGGUUUGUGUAGUUCAGGUCCUAUAUUGCGAUUCUUGUAAAUAUGUUGCACUCUUUUUGCUAGUAUAUGCAAAGUACUUUGUCGCCUGUAUUCUUAAUAACUCCAUCAGAAAUGCAGCUCUGUGUUCAAGUGACUUUUAGUACUAUUGCUGUGGCAUUACUGAGCAUCAUUUUAUUUUUGUUACUGAUGGCAACAAUGUAUGAAAUUGAAAAUCAGUACCCUGGAACUUGUGUAAAAUUUUUCCCCAAAAUCAACUUGGGAUUAUUAAAACACUACCGUACAUUCCAUGACAUUUGAAAAUAUUAGAACUGUAUGUUCUGUCCUGUUAGCUAAAGCUUGGGCAAUGUUCAGUGAUAUAGUGUAGCUGCUUUAACCAGAUCCCUAAUUGCCUUAGAACCUUGAGCAGAAAUGUUUUAUCUGUAAAUAUACAGUUCCAUAUAUUGGUUUCUAUACUUUAGUUUGAGGUCUAAGAAAGUUAGAAUAGGAAUGAAACACUUAAACCAUGACAUUACAUUUUGAAAUUGUCCCCAGGCCUUAACUACAGUGAUAGUGUUCUGUCUGAAAUAUUCUGGGAUUUUUUUUGUGCAUAAAAACAUUUUGGCUGUUGGUCAUUAUGAAUAGCACUUGCAGGGUAGGUUAAAUAGUUGUCUGUUCUAGUGUCAUUUGGCAAUCAGCUAGAAUUGGUCUAUGGCAACUACAUCUGGUUUGGUGCUUAUUAUUGGCAUAACCUUAAGGGUACUUUUGUCAAACAGUGACGCAUUUAUAUAUUUACUGAGGUCAGUACAGGAAAAUUUUCCUUGUCUGUCUUCCCCUUGUUAAUUUGAAUGUAACUUGUGUGUACAUAAUGUAAUGUGGGAGUAAGGUUAACAAUGCACGUACUUUGUGCCUCUUGUUCAAAUGGCAGAGCUAUGGCCUUAAAAUUAGCUGUAGUACUUGGCCUUCCAGUAGAAAUGAGCUUGAAUUUAGACUGUUUUUGAGAGGUACCAUACCAUAACUUUGACAGGGUCGUAGGUCAAACAAUCUAUGGAAUGUUAAUCUUUCAAACUAACUUUCACACUGCUGACCUUGCACGAGUCUGAACCAUUGAACUGGUAUGUGGAAGAUUUAGGUCAAUGUCUGCAAUUUGCUGCUUGCUGGUCUGCUAAACCCUUUCCUGGACUGGGCCUGGUGUAAGGUUCCAAUCAUGAACAGUUCUGCAAUGCUGGUAUCAUCUGCCAUUCAAAUGUUAAAUGGUCUUUUGAAUACAUUGAAAUUUAAAUUACUUUGUCUAACCUGGUACAGAAACAGUGGGUGAAUUUUCCCUACUUAUAUGGGGAAAUCUGGAUAAAUUUACUGUCAGGUGUGGUAAUAGCUGUUGCAAUUACUACAUCUAUAUACAGGUCCUGUACUUAUUGUUAAGGUAUUAGCUCUGCAGAACUGCUGCCAUUUAAACAAGAUGUGGACCAUACAGCAGCUGUGGAGAUAUUUUUUACUAUCUUCAGUAAUUUAUAUUAAAGAAACUCAUUUGAAUUACAACACAGGAUUCAAAAUUAAAUCAAUACAAAGUUGAACUGUUUAGAAGUGACUUGUAGAUUGGUUUUAAAUUAUCCAUACUCAACAGAUUUGAUUUUGCAUAUAAUCAAUCUAAUCAAUACUGAUCCUGGGAUUAAAGCUUCAACUAGAAAUUUAGCCUUUCUAUAAAUAGUUACUGUUUUUCAUCAUGAAGGAUGUCUAUUUACCAAUUUACACAGUCAGUAGUACUUUGAAACCCUGUUCACAUUGGCUACCUCAUUCCCAAGUUGGAGUUUCAAUAAAGUUAUCAAAUUUAUAUUAAAGAUUACUCAUUUCCAAAUUUAAUGCUUACAAUAAAAUCCACAACUAUUUUCACAAUCACUUGUUUUCUAAAUGGUUAAAUUAAAUGUUAGAGCAAGGCCAGCCAAUGACAUGUUAGCAGUACUGAUUCACCUUUAAAGCUUACAUUUAGGUUGAGUAUAUGCAUUCUGAAAUUCUAGAAAACAAUUCCAAUACUUCAGUGCAAGUUGCAUUUGUCACUGCACAGCAAGUCAAAUUUAUUUUGUAGAUAGUAAUCUAAAACAUACUACUGACUAGCUUUAUCCUUGUCACUAAGCAGAAAAUUUCUACAAACCAGUUACAUGUUUCAAGACACAACUUAAGGUAAAUGCUACCUUUUUCUCUUUAAAUAUUUAAUAUGUACCACAAUACUUUAAUGGGAAAUCACUGACAUUUACCAUCAAUAUAGGUGUAAAUCAUUUGAUGUUUGCAUUCAUUCUCAAUUAUCAGAUUAUCCAUGUAAUCUGUUAAACAUUUCAAAGCCAAGGUCUUAGCCAUGCAAUAAAAGUGAAAAAUUACCACAUAACACA